UGAUAGACAGGAUGAUGAAACGCAAUUUCCUUCAAGAAUGGCAACAAUCGAUUCCAAUUCCAACUCUAACAACGUUACUGCUACCAUCUCAGAAGUUAUUGAACCACCUAAUGAGUUUCAUAAGAAAAUUAUAUACCCACUUAAAUAUAAAAUUAAUUUAAGAAACGAAAAAUGUGUGUAUGAACCUCAAUCCGAAUCCGAACUAUACAAAACUCCUUUACAAAAGAAAUUAUAUUAUUUUUUUGAGGAACCUCAAUCUAAGAAAGCGCUAGCUUUUUCUUUCUUCUCCAAUAUAUGCACACUUGCUACAAUAUUAAUUAUUUGUCUCGAUUCAUUGCCAACUUUUCUUAUGAUCAAGAAUGUGAAUGUUCACUUGUGGCUCCCGUUUGAUAUUUUGAUAGUUAUAGUAUUUACUAUAGAAUAUGUUGGAUGUUUUCUUGCUGCUCCAAAUAAAUGGAAAUUUGCAAUAAAACCAUUCAAUUUGUUGAAUUUGAUAUCAAUCAUACCUUUUUAUCUUCAGAUAAUUAGUCCUUUUGCUGAAGAUACGACUCUUCGAUUUACUAGGAUUCUACGUUUGACUAGAAUUAUCAAUUCAUUACAACGUAUUGGAAAAUAUUCUGAUGGAUUCUUGAUUGCGACAAAUAUAAUUUUAUUAUCAUCAAUUCGAAUAUUUUUAAACUUAGUCUAUGUUUUAAUAAUAUUAAUGAUUUCAGCAAUCAUUAUAUAUUAUGCUGAAAGAGGUGAAUUUGAUAUUUUUACAGAUUCAUGGUAUAGGACAUUACCAAAUGGAACAAGAGAAAAAAGUCCAUUUCAAUCCGUUUUUCACAGUUUAUAUUGGAGUAUAACUACAAUGACAACAACUGGAUUUGGUGAUAUAAUCCCAAUAACACCAAUUGGAAUGUUUAUUGCCGCAUUAACUUCUUUAUCUGGAAUUUUAGUCAUUGCGAUAACUUCUUCUAUCAUUGGAAUAAAUUCUGACUUGGAAUGGUCAAGAUAUCAACGACAUAAAACUAAAGUGAAUUUUUCUGAAAUGUGGAAAGCAAUUGAUGAUAAAGAUAUUGAUAAUUUAAGUCGUAAUGAACUAAUCAAAAAAGAAGAAAUUUUGGAAUUUCAAUAUGGUAUUUUAAGGGACCUUAUAGAAGAAAUUCAAAAGCAACUUAACGAGCUUGGCGGAUUUGGGGUUAUGACUUAUUUAGUUAAACAUAACGAAUUAGAAGUUAAACAUAUUCAAACGAAUGAAAAAUUAAGUAAAUUAGAAUUUGAGUUAAAAAAAUAUGAAACUCUUUUGGGAAAUAUCGAUGAUUAUUAUCAUGAAGGUUUUGACAAAAAACAAAAAAAAAAAUUAUUGUAAAUAUUAGAG